AGAACGCGGAACGCGGGGAGGGGGGAGGCGAGUAUGAGAAAUCCACACAAUCAUCAUCCAUUCUUCAAGACGAUUUACUCAUUCAAUUAUGUUAUUUUGACAGCGAAUGUGAUCGAAGUCGCUGUUCGAAUACAAAUCGUCACCCGUUUGAAAUGGAUUUAUUUUCAAUCUGCAAACGAGAAAUUGUGAUUAGCUAACAAUAUCAUGUCCUAAACGAUUUCCUAACCCUUUGUGAUCUACCUAAAAGCGCCCGCAGAGGUGAGCCAAAUCCAAAUCCUGCUCAUACCUUGAGGACAAAGAACAUAAUCCACUCAUUUAUGGGUCCCUCACUAAUUGUAAUAUUGCCCUUUUUGAAAUGAGUUUGCACUUUAACGUGUUUUCUUUGUUCCAUUCAGAUUUUUGUCAAUGUUAUUAGAUUUACAUAAUUUUCUCAUUUUUUACUCCCUCUAAUGUUUUGAUUAUCUUUAUGACUGCCUUGGAAAUUGUUAUCACAUGCAACAUAUAUAACACAGCCCCACGACAGCUUUUCCAUCAUUGGCAUUAUUAGAAGUCUUAACUGACCUUGAUCAACAAUAUCUCAUUCGAUGAAUCUCUUUUUUCUGAUAAUUUCUUUUGUAUGGUCUAUCUUGCUGAACAUCUAAUGUCAACUAUGGAUGGAGGGAAACACUUAGAUUCAUGCAUGGAGGUCAGUGAAGAGACACAAUCUCAAUUGAAAGAAGACUUUUCACCUCCCAUGAUACGCUCUGUGGCUAUGAGUGCUAAUAUUGCAAGCACAGUUCAAGAGGAGGUAAAGCACUUGAUCAAGGUCAACCCUCCCCCAGAUGAAUCAGUCGUUCAAUACAAAGUGAGAAAAAUGUCAUCAGAAUUUAGUGAGGAUAAUUCUGAUCUUAGUGACUCUUACUCAGAUGAUCAUGAUUAUCCAAGUAUUGAUAUGAACUUGUCAUCUAUAUGCUCACAUGUAUUACCAAAUGAUGAUGAUUCCACUGCUUGUGCUAUGGUUCUGUCCCGUUGGGAUGACAUCAUGGGUCCACGAACAAUAAGAGUGUGGCUUCCUGAAACAGUGUCUGAUGAUGAAAACUACUCAGAAAAUGAGCUCUGUAAGUUCACCACUCCUAGAAGUGUGAAAGCAGCAUGUCAGUUUUCUUGUCCUCAUCAAAUGUCUUCUAAAUACAAUAAAGUGUUAUUGAUGAAAGCUAUAAAAUAUGUGACAAGCCAUACUGUCAACUACACCUGCGUAACCGGCUCUUCAACACCAGAGCAAAACAACAGUGCUUUGUUCAUUGUUCCUGAUUUGGACAUGGUAGCCCAGUCCUUAAUGUUUCAUGUUCCACUUAGUGGAUCAUCUCCAUACUCACUUGCAUUGCUUGUGAAGUACUCUAAAUACUCGAGGUUUUUGCCUCUACGGAAUCUCUGUCAGCACUGGCUGGAAAGACUUUCCACCAGAAUGGCUGAAUUUCUAUUGUCGGUUUCAAAAGUUCAUGGAAUUGAUGGCAUUGAAAUACCUCCCAGCACUAUGGUGGAUACUUGGAUGAUUGAAAUGAGCCACAUGCUCAUGUCAUUGGAAGUGAAUGGCCUAGGAGACCAUCGUGCACUACAGUCAUAUCUCUCUCCAACAACUCUAGGAAAUCCUCUCAUUGAGCGAGCUGUUACAUCACAUUUGCAGACUUCUGGAUGCACUAUUGUCAUGGGAAACAUCUCAUCAGAAAUCAAUUCUAUGAUAUCAUUUCUUGCUUUAUUCCUGGAUGAAGAAGCUCAAAGCUGUUCAAGACUUGUUUCCUCUGGUCAAAAGUACACCUUUCAAAUUGGCCUUUUCCUUCAGGGCCUGCUUUUGGAUGAAUUUGGUUGCCGAGAUUUAAGCUCUGAGGAACUUCUUGACAAUCCACUACCCGUGACUUGGGUAGAUUUAAGUAAGAGCACUGGCGUUGCUACUGCUGUUCGACGGGGUCUACCCCUUCAUCAACAUCAGAGAAAAACUGAUCAUCCAGAUUCAUUACUUUCUCUCAGGAAUGUUAUGAAUGUAUCUAAGGACGAGUCUAGUAUUGUGCGUGGACUCAUUCAUGACCUGAAGAGGUUGCCCCCCAAUACGUGGUCUGGAGUUGUUGCCUUAUUCAUUCAACAAUUACGUAAACUAGCACUUACUUUACUGAGUAUUGUUCAUUGGAAUGGAGUGCCAUCAGAUCAGCCAAAGAGUUAUGUUGAUAACCCUACUGUCCGCCAUCUAUGUGCAACUCUUAACAUUGAUGAACCAACUUUUCUUAUAGUUUUAGCACAAGCUGAAAAAAUUAGACCAGGUGCUUAUCAACUUGUAAUGGAGGGAUUAAUUCAAUGAUGUCGGGUUUUAUGGGUGUUUGCUAGGGAGGUAGGUAUCACAUCUACAUUUUGCCUUCGGAUAGCUCUGAAAGGCAGUGCAUACACCUUUGUUCCUUUUUUAAAAAAUAAAUCAUGAACACUUAAUUAUUAAUAGUCAAAUUACCUCUAUUUUUGUAUUGAUUUUGUAUUACGCCAAAAAAAGUAUUGUUAGCUCUUUGAGGGGAGAAAUGAAACACCUCAUCAUUAAGUGAAUUACGAAUGCUAUCUUGUUUAGACUAUUUGACUUGAUAUUGAAGCAUUUCUGAACAAUCUGUGAUAAAAAUCCUCACUUACGUUCUUAG